UUCAACUUGGCCUAAGAGUUUGACUUCCGCCCAUUGACGCGCUUGAAUGGAGCUCCACAAUAGCCAUCGGUUGACUGGGGGUAGCGAGAAGAUGUUCUACAUAGCUCCCCAGCAGCCGCUGCUGCGAAACGAGGAGGAUGACUACCAGGAGGGAUCCCUCAGCCUGCCGGACGCUGCAUCCCUUGUUUACAAUACCACUGCACUGCCGUCGGGCGAUGAAGAGUCUAACUAUGGUUAUGGCUCCACAACGACGCUCAGUGGCCUCCAGUUGGAGACCUAUAAUAUCACUGUAAUGAUGAACUUCAGCUGCGACCGCAAUGAGCUUCAAUCGGAGGACAUGUGGUCCAGUGGCUACUUUAAGAGCAUCGUCUACAUGCUGUACAUUCCCAUCUUCAUCUUCGCUCUGAUCGGCAAUGGAACGGUCUGCUAUAUCGUCCAGUCCACACCGCGAAUGCGCACGGUCACCAAUUACUUUAUAGCCAGCUUGGCCGUGGGCGAUGUCCUGAUGUCCGUCUUCUGCGUUCCGUCGUCCUUCAUCUCGCUGUUUAUCCUGAACUACUGGCCUUUCGGCCUGGCCCUCUGCCACUUCGUGAAUUACUCGCAGGCGGUCUCCGUUCUGGUUAGCGCCUAUACUUUGGUGGCCAUCAGCAUCGACCGAUACAUAGCCAUCAUGUGGCCACUAAAGCCACGCAUCACAAAACGCUAUGCUACCUACAUCAUCGGCUGCGUUUGGUUCAUCGCACUUGCCACAGCACUGCCCAUACCCAUCGUCUCUGGACUCGAGAUCCCCAUGUCGCCCUGGCACGAGAAAUGUGAGAAAUACAUUUGCCGCGAGAUUUGGCCAUCGCGGACGCAGGAGUACUACUACACCCUGUCCCUAUUCGCGCUGCAGUUCGUCGUGCCGCUGGGUGUGCUCAUCUUCACCUACACCCGGAUCACCAUCCGCGUCUGGGGAAAGAGACCGCCAGGCGAGGCGGAGUCCUCCCGCGACCAGCGGAUGGCACGCUCCAAACGGAAGAUGGUCAAGAUGAUGCUGACGGUUGUGUUUGUAUUCACCAGCUGCUGGCUGCCCUUCAAUAUUUUGCAGCUCUUGCUGAACGACGAGGACUUCGCGCACUGGGAGCCGCUGCCGUACGUGUGGUUCGCCUUCCACUGGCUGGCCAUGUCGCACUGCUGCUACAACCCGAUCAUCUACUGCUACAUGAACGCCCGUUUCAGGAGCGGAUUCGUCCAGCUGAUGCACCGCAUGCCGGGCCUGCAUCGCUGCUGCUGCCUGACUCGCUUCCUGCGCAGCGGCGGCGAUCGCAUGAAUGUUGCUUCCGGUGAGAUGGCCACGAAGUACCAUCGCCAAGUCGGCGAUGCCCUACUCCGGAAACCCAAGCCCAUUAGGAACGGGUCCAGCACUUCACCUCAAUCGAAUGAACACAUCCACUACCUACAUCAGCGCCCGUCGAAAGCCACGAGCGACUUCGUUGCGAGCGAAGCCAUUGUCGUGUGUCGAGACGUCACCGCUGCGGUAGAUGCCACAUCAAAAACGGAAACUGAUUCGCCGCUGUGGCGAUCGGGAAGCUCAGGUGGCACUAAAGCAAACAGAAUAAGCACAGAGUUUUGAGUGCGAAUACAACGUUAAGCAACCAACCAAAGAUCGAAGCCCCCAUUUUGCUGAGUGUAUAUGUGUGCGUAUGUGAGUGUUCGAGUCUUUCACUUGUAUUGUAAGUCAACGCAAUAGAAUUUUAAUGAAUGUAUAUUAAAUGUAGUUAAUUAAAAGUAUAUACAAUAUUCA